AUGUCCUCGACGAGGGCCAUUAAGAAGAGCGCCUUCUCGUGCGAGCCGUGUCGCCGGCGCAAGCCUGCUUACGGCUUGUGGGAGAGGGGCCUUGGGUCGCUGAUGGACGUUGAAUGGCGGAUAGACGGUGGGCUGACCCGGCGUCCGGCAGGUGAAAUGCGGCGGAGAGCAGCCGACCUGCAACCGCAAAGCAACCCAACUCUGUCGUACACAUCACGACUGGAGCAUCGCAUUAAGGAACUAGAGGCCCAGCUGGCCGCCGCCAGAGCUCAUGCUCCGGGUCCCUCCGAGCCGUCAAGGACGUCGUCACCCAGCAUCGGGCCAUCGGCGGGCCAGUCGCCGAUGACGGAUCCUCACCACUUUGAGUCGCAGGACGAGGAAUCCGUUAGCGAGAGCUUCAAGGGCCUCAAGGUCGACGACAAGGGCGCCAUCACGUAUCAUGGCUCAACGAGUUUCUUCCAGCUGCCGGGCGACCGGCCUUCGGGGUCUAGGGAUCAUCAAUCGACGUCAGACCACGCUAUGCAGAGGCGUGAGAGGCUAGUUGCCAACGCUUGGCAACAGAGAGCUCUUGAGAACAUGUCUGAUAUCCCGACACUGGGACCAUACUACUCCCACACCCUGAUGAACGCAGUACUAUCACACUCCAUACGUUGGGGCCGGAGCGACCCCGCUACAAAGGAGAAGCUGGACGAGUUCUACGACGGCGGCGCUCUUUUCGGCAAGCACGCCCGCAGCAUGGUCUUUGAGGAGCUCAGCCAGGGCAUAUGUUCCAUCCCAACCGUCCAGACCUUGCUACUGCUCAGCGCCCAAGAGUGUAGUGUCGGCAACAGCGCACAGGCGUGGACGUACAGUGGCCUUGCUUUCCGCAUCAUCGAUCAUUUGGGUAUUUGCGUUGAUGGUCAGAGAUACCCCGGCUCGGUACAGCUGAGCGACGAGGACGUUGAGAUUCGCCACCGGCUUUUCUGGAGCUGUUAUUUCUGGGAUAAGAUGAUUAGUCUCUACCUCGGACGCUCGCCGUCGCUUCAACAGACGUCGGUGUCGCCGCCCCAGAUCAUGUUCGACGACUCGUCCGAGAACGAAUCUUGGACCCCGUUCGGCGUUGUCCCCGAGGGUGGCUGGAAGUAUCCGCCGUCAGCGGCCCACUCGACCUCCUGCUUCAUGCAGAUGUGCCGGCUCUCGAUAGUCUUCAACGAGAUCCUCGUCCACAUGUAUGAUCCCGUACGCCCUAACAGCCAGACCGAGAUGCAGGACUGUCUUGCGAAGCAGGAAGUCGCCCUGCGGCAGUGGUGGGACGAGCUGCCGCCUCACCUCAAGAUUGAGCCCACGGCCCUUCCCGCGCUGGCGCCGCCCUCCCACAUCAUCACGUUGAACGUACUCUACCGCACUUUCAAGAUUCUCCUCUACCGUCCGAUGCUUUCCCAGCGGAGCAGAGUCGGCGAGAACCUGCAGCCAGUACAGAGGUACUUGGGUGAAUGCGUGACGUCUGCGACGGGCAUCAUUGCCAUUUUCGAUUUGUUCUGCCGCUCCUUCGGCAUCAGCCAUUGCGUCCUUUCCCUUUCGUAUAGCGUGUACAUCGCCGCGUCCAUUUUCUUGCUCCAAGUCCAGUCCAGUGUGGAGGAUACGCAGGCGCUGCGUCGGCUGGAGUACUGCGUUCGCAUCCUCGCGUCCGUCAAGCGCAUCAACCCAGUCAUCAGCAGUGCCCUGAACCUCAUCACCCGCGAGCUCGUCGGCCUGGGCAUCGACAUCGGCGCCCUCGGACUGCCCAAGACAGACGCGACACCGCCCAUGGCAACCUACGGCAUCCCGCAGGCCCGGCCGGUCAACGUGCCGCCCGCGUCUGUCCCUCCUGGCCCCGAGGCGACCAGCUCGCCCGAGCAGAUCUACAACUUCCCCUUCGUCGACACACUCGGACCCGAGGCCUUCGCCAUCGACCCGCAGGUGUUCCAGACCAUGUCGUCCAUAGAGCCGUUGAGCGUCCGGGUUGGCGCGAUAGACGAAUAA